CGUGAAAAAAGGAAAUUUCUAUAAAAUGCGCCAGUGCAUCCGAAAAGCAUCGUGAAUGCGACACGACCGAUACGCGAAAAUGAAAAAUCGCCCGCUACGACAGAAGAUACUCUAACACUUAGUGUUAUGUUUCGCGUACGCUCGGGAUGGCCACACACGAGCAAAACGAACGUAUGCAAGGCAGUAUGAAUCCCCAAGCGGGGUGGAGUACGCAGCAGACAGAGCCGCAGAACUCACAGCCAGCAACAACAGAUCAACAAGAAUCACAGAAUCAAACGGAGAGUCAGAAAAUAGAACAAGAAUUUACCAAAAUGACAGAUCAACGAGAACAACAACCCCAGCCACAACAGCAGCAGCAACAACAACAACAACAAACCAAAGGCAAUGAAGAACCAAGAACAAAUUUGAUCAUCAAUUAUCUUCCACAGAGUAUGACAGAGAAAGAUCUUUAUAGUUUGUUUGUAACUAUCGGACCUGUGGAAUCUUGUCGUGUUAUGAAAGAUUAUAAAACAGGAUAUAGUUACGGUUUUGGCUUUGUUAAUUAUGCAAAAGCAGAAGAUGCAGCCACUGCUAUAAGUACUUUAAAUGGACUCCAAGUCCAGAAUAAAAGGCUAAAAGUGUCUUUUGCACGGCCAUCUGGUGAGGAGAUCAAAGAAACUAAUCUUUAUGUAACAAAUUUGCCAAGAAAUAUAACUGAAAGUCAGAUCGAUGAUAUAUUUAGCAAAUACGGAAAUAUCGUGCAAAAGAACAUUUUAAAAGAUAAGCUCACUGGAUUGCCAAGGGGUGUAGCAUUCGUGAGAUUCGACAAGCGGGAAGAAGCACAAGAAGCGAUCGCACGACUACACGGUACGAUACCAGAAGGUGGAUCAGAGCCACUUAGCGUAAAAAUCGCGGAGGAACACGGAAAACAGAAAGCUGCAUACUACGCUGGAUGGCAGGCUGGUUACAACCAGAGUCGAGGAGAACGUCUGUACCCAACCAGGAAUAAAUACCAGCGUUAUGCGCAUUACCUUUAUUAAAAGAAGAACGCAAUUUCUUGUUUGGUACUCGUUGUUACCCUUGCAGUUAUGAUACUAUGAAUUCCUAUUGGUGUAAUGAGAUUGGCAUGAUUAAGUGCGCUUAAUACCAAGCACAAUUGUUACUACCGUUAAUUGUAACUGGAGAAAACAGAUUCUUAGACAGGAGGAACAAACUGUUGCUUUCUGAUUCAAUAUUUUAGGAUUAAUUCUUUUUUCUAUGUGAAUCCUAGCUUUGUUCGACUUUGCUUUUGUAUUAUAAUAACAAGAUGUAAAGUUCCUCAGGCUUAAGCCUGAUCUUAACACAAAGCACAACUGUUUGUAAUUCAAUAAACAACCACACAAUUUGCUCAACGAAUGUAAACGAGUACUUUGUAAUCUAUCAGGCAACAAGUCUGUGGUUCGAAGACUCUCCUCCAAUAAAGAGGAGCUUUAUGAUACGGUUUUACUGCUAGCAGAGUUUGAUUUAACACUUUGACACAAAAUAUAGGAGACACUCAUUAAUUAAUCUUAUAUUGUAUCAAAUAUAACUGCUCAGAAAGUUGAUUACUGUGUUAACAAUGGAUAGUAGUGUCCAAUAUUUUGAUGGUCAAUGUGUUAAACAAGAAAAAAAGAGGACGUUUCUGGGUUUUACUUAGAUAGAACUAUUAAGUAGUGCCCAGUUUAAUAACUCAGAAUAGCUAGACGAGUCCUUCCUUGCAAAGGUUGCACAAUUUUUACGACUGUCCGUUAAUCGAUACUUUGUUCAUCGUGUUCACUGAUAUCGAUUUCUCAGUGGACUGUAUAGAUAGUAAAGUAUGUAUAUUCAUUCAUCCUGUAAGACGAAUCGCGACUAUCUAUUCUCAUUAGAUAAAUUAUACCUCGUCUUGUAAAACUAAUGGAUGAAAUUUGCCGACGAAAAUUGUCUUUAAAAAAAUAAUUCGAACAGUAGACAAGCGAAUAGGCUUGAGAAGAAGCAUUGUAUUUGGUGAUAUGUCGUUGCUGAAGCAACAAUAUUGAACGAAAGGAAAAAUGGCAAUCGUCCUUUCGAAUUGAUCGCCAUUUUUCCAUAUUAUAAAGUUAAACGAUCUUCGCUGUUACUAACUUUCGUCCUUUUAAUGCUAAAUACAUAAAUAUAAAUAUAUAUAUUAUAUAUAUAUAUAUGAAUCGGUCGAGAAAAAAUGGUGAAUUUCGAAUUAGCUAGAAUAUAUGAGAAACACACGUAUCUCCUACGACCCUGACAAUCGUUCCUUUUUUUAGUCGAUUUUUCGCGUCUGUUCGAAGUAUAAUUAUGACAUGGACGCUUUCGAUAUAUGAUCCGUAUUGACGUUAUAAAAUAAUAAAUCUCCCUUGGUAGGAGGUACGAUUCAUCUUCCUCCUAUAUUAAUAACACGUUCAGGUGCAUGAUCAAGAACGGGAGUGCAUGAUCUUCUUUCUUCUUUGAAUAAAUUGUUUCUUUAUUUACACAAGAUUCAAAUUUAUUUAUAUAAAAUUAUAUAUGUUAUAAAAAAUUGAAAUUGUAAUAAUAAUGUGGAUAAUUAACACAAAUAAAGAUGAUUAGUAUUGAAUAGUCUGUAGAGAAAUGAUUAGAAUGGUUGGUUUCUCAGUAAGUUAGCUCAGAGUUCAGUUGCUGCAGAUUAAUAAGACAUUUUUCAAUCAACUUUUUCAAUUAUUAUUAUUCAGAUGUAAUGUACCUAAUAAACAUAAGAUAUAAUUUGACUAGCGAGAAUGAAUUUAAUUAAUUUAAAAUGAGUUAAUAGAAAUCUGGAAAAUGCUUGAAAAAUGGAAAUAAUAAUCAAAAGAAAGACAGACUUUAUAUAUAGGAUUAUGCAUUCCCGACUGACGAAAAAUUUGGGAUUUAGAAAAUAGAAACUCUUUAGGAAUUUAAUAUUGCGAAUGCGCCGGUAUUUGAGCCCUUUGCACACAAUUACGUCUGUUGUAAAAUUCCUAUCGCUGCGAAAUUCGAAUUAAAGAACAAGUAAAAGACAGACGGAUCGGUCGCUGCGAUAGGGCUGAAAAAAGAGGAAUGGUAAAAAAAAAAAAAACGGGAAGCUGGGAUAAUUUAACACCGAGAAUUUAAUUAGUACUUAAGUUAGUCGGGUUAAUGAGUAAGAUUUUCAAAUAUUCCUUUAGAAUAUAUUCAUGUUAUGAAAUGAUCUCACGUUGUUCUUUCUAAAAAAGAAAAAAAGAAAGAAGAAGAAACCGAAAGAAAAAAGGAUUUGAAACGAAUAAAAAUAAGAAUGGAGAUUAUUUCAGAAAGAUCUAAAAAUUCCCUAGGAACUCUGGUAAUAAUAAUAAAAUUUAAAAAGUAGAAACGAAUCGUUCCCAUUGUUGCAAUAAUAUCGAAUGAGAGCAAUAAAAAUGAUUACGUUUAUGGAUGAAAGAACGACGCGAGUGUUCAGUGUAAAUAAAUCGAAAUUCUAAUUUUUAACUUAACAUGUUAAGUAGUAAAUUGUAAGGUCUAACGGAUCGAAGAUUGUGCGAAAAUGGUUAUAAUCCCGAAGUCUAGUAGCGCUAACGAUGGCUGUGAUAUGGAAUAAGGAAAUAACUAACGAGAGAAUGAACAAAAAAAAAAAAAAAAAGUGGAGUAUCCGGGAUAUACAACGGAUAAAAACUUACUUCUCUUUUCCUCGCUCUCUUGCUUUUUCUCUUCUCUCUCAUUCUCUUCUUCUUGAGUCGAAAAAUCACCAGAAAAAUUCAUCAUUCAAUUCCUAUAUUAAAAACUUCAAAAAUUUAUUCAGAACACGUAAAAAUAUUACUCUAGAAAAAUUAUAAUAUGUGGAAUUUGAAGUAAAAGUUGGGAAAAAAUGUCGUAAGAAUUUAUCAUUUAUCUAGAAAGAUUUUUACAGAGUAACUUGAGAGCGAUGAAAUUGGAGGGGACAGAGAAUUAUGUCUCGGUUGAAAAUGCCUGCGACAUUCCCAAUAAUAUAUUCAUCAUCGUAUUUUUCUUUUUCUUCUACCGAAACAAAUAUUAAAAAAAAGGAGAGAAAAUCGAAAAAACACGGUUAUGCGAUCAACGUUUUACUGUAAUUAAUUGAUCUCACUUUAUCGAAAAUUAGAUUCGAUUCUAGCGUUUAAAAUGAUCGACAUAUUUGCAAGAUGCAGAGUGAACCGGAAGUGGCGCUAUCAUCUGCAAAAUAACGCCCCCCCUCCCAACUAUUCAGAACUGAUCGUAAUUACCAAGCACAAUUUUUCUCUUGUAAUUCAUUGUUUUAAGCGGAGAAGAUAUUUGUAACAUAACCUAAUUAAGCGUUUCUUUUCGAUUUCCAGUUCACUCUGCGCACCUGUAAAGAGACACACGCAUACAUGAUACACACACAAGACACGUUACAUUGAUAUAGUAGAGAGCUACAACUAUGUACAUGGUAUAUGGGUAGACUAAACGACAAUUGUUGUACGAACAUUUCCAUUUAAGAAAACGUGUGUUCAACGUACGAAAUACGUGCGUCGAGUCGUAUCGAGAAACUGGCCUAACAACGUACUUAUGGCUUUUGUGCUGAUGAUAUCCCACUUAUCCAAUAUAGUUGGUUCCGAUAUAUCAUCAUUAGACUGCGGAUUUUUAUUCACUUAUGGAAGAUUUGAAGGUUGAAACAUGCACACCAUGCAUAUAAUAUGCAAAAGUAUUGGGCUACCUCGUAAGUAACACAGUUUUUCUGACAAUUAUGUUUAAAAGAAUGAAAGUUGUUACUACUGAAGUUUUAUAAAAUUGAGAUAAAAAUCUUCAGAAAAAGAUAAAGAAUUAUAAGAAAUAAAAUCAUACUGAUUAACUAUACCGGUCAAUUGCCAUCAUGCAAUGUUUUAUUUUCAUGUAGUAUACAAAGAUCAACGACCAUAUUACUUAUGAGAUGGUUUAAUAUAUAGAAUAUUCGUAUUUAAACGCUAAUUAGGCAAUACAGUAUUCAUUAUAAUACUUAGUACACAUUUGAAACAAAUUUCUAUUUAGAUACCAUCUCUUUAGUUAUGUUCAUGAAAAUCCGCAGUCUAAUUAUCAUUAUUACCCCACUCAACAGAGAGGAUGCUUGAAUUGCUUGAAAAAGAACGAACGAACGGGAAUCAUAGUCAUCAUCAGGACAAAACACGACAAGUUUGCUCGAGAUUUUUUCAGACACGCCCCUCGCAUAAGUAUCUCAUACCUUUCUUAUUCCUUGUUGCUACACGGGUCUACGUGAUUCUGUAGUCGCUCGUUAAAUUUGAUUAAAAUGAUUAGAAACGAACAA